AAGAUUUUAAAAGGACUCUGUGACGGCAGCCUCGUCUUGGACUCCAAGAUGAUCGUGCGUGGUUCUUCAUCUUGCCUCCAGCGCCUACUCUCCACCCAGAACAAUUUUGAGGGGACUGACUUCAGCUCACUCAUUGACUGCCACGACAGCAAGAAGAAGUUUGACACCCUUGUAAGAACAUCCGUGAGAUCACAAGCCAAUGAUGCAGAGGCUGCUCCACCCUCAUGCUUACGGGUCAGCUUGUCAGAUGGCACACAGCGUGUGCCAGUGGAUGUCUUCCACGCGGUUUUGCCAGGCCUCUUUGGUGCCGAGGAGCCACAUCACAUCCUUGCAUUGGUGGAGGACACUGCUAGCCGCGAGGCUCCCCUUGCCAAGCAUGGUUUCCCAGAGUGGCAUCAAAUCCCUGAGAUGAACAAGGCGAGGCGCUGGCCCUUUUCGUUGCCGAGCGAGUCCGCAGGCUCUUCAAGUCGGUCAGAAGCCGCCUCAACCGCACAUGCGCGAAGCAAUGAGAUCUUGGAGGUCUUGCAGGACUUGGCCGAAGCCACCUUUCUUGUCGACCCCUGCUCCCCAGAUGUAGACCUCUUGGAGGCUCACCUGAGGUUCGACAGAAGGCUCCCUACACGGCAGCCACCUUCGAUGAGGAUGCUCAGCAAGAUUAACGAGUGGGAUGACUUUCAGGGGUUGCUGAGGGCCUACGCCAUGAGUGUGCUGCAGGGGGCCCCCGACUUGCCAGUUGCGCUGCGGGCCAUGCAGGUACGAAUUCCUGGGGCUCCCCGGAAGUUGCUCAAGGCCAGGCAGGUUCGACUGAGCCUUGCAAAUCGCAGCCGGGAAUUUGGGCAGCCGAUCUUCCUUUACCUUCACUUGAAGAAUUUCAACAAGAAGGAGGCGUGGCCAAGUUAUGUUACCGGCCUGCAGCACGAAGCGCUCGUGGAGCGGCCGGACGACGAUUCCAGCGAGGACCAAGAGGUGUUGCCAGAUGACGCUUU